AUGAAAAAUCUCACCAUCAUUACUGAGUUUGUCCUCAUGGGAUUUUCCAGAAAUCCCCACAUCCUGAACAUGCUUUUUGCAUUGUUCCUGGUGAUAUACCUCCUGACCCUGAUGGGGAACCUGGUGAUGAUCCUGGUGAUCAGAACUGAUUCUCACCUUAAGACACCCAUGUACUUCUUCCUAGGUCACCUGUCAUUUCUGGAUCUCUCCCUUUCUUCAAUAACCACGCCCAAGAUGCUGGAGAACUUGUUAACUCAAAAGAAAACUAUCUCUGUGUGGGGCUGCAUGGCCCAGAGUUUCUUUCUCAUACUCUCUGGGAGCACAGAGGCCUGCCUGCUCUCUGCCAUGGCCUAUGACCGCUAUGCUGCCAUCUGCCACCCUCUGCUAUACAGUGUGAUUGUGAACAGGCCUCUGUGUGUUGGGAUGGUGACUGCAGCUUGGGCAGUGGGGUUCCUAAACUUGCUGCCAAGCAGUCUUUUCACUUACAACUUACAUUUCUGUGGCCCCAAUGUCAUCCCUCACUUCUGCUGUGAGCUGCCUUCACUCUUCCCUCUGUCCUGCACUGAUCCUACUGCCAAUGAGGCCCUUCUUGCUGGGUCAUGUGCAUUGUUAGGAUUUGUGACAUUUCCCCUGAUUCUUUUCUCUUAUUCUAGAAUAAUCUCUGCCAUCAUAAGCAUCCCUUCUUCUGGGGGUCAAGGCAAAGCCUUCUCUACAUGUUCCUCCCACCUCACUGUGGUGCUUUUGUUCUAUGGGACAGCCUUAUUUAGGUACAUGACCCCUCUCUUGGGCUCCAUGUUGGAGCAAGUGGUCUCUAUUCAGUACAGUGUGAUCACAUCCUUGUUAAACCCCCUCAUCUACAGCCUCAAGAACCAGGAAGUGAAGACAGCCCUGCAUAGAGUGUUGAAGCAAUAA